UGGCGAUAUGUCAAAAAGUUCAAAAUCAAAAUAAAAAUCGUAAACAAGAUACAAACGUUUCUCAAGCUAACAACAAUCCGUGAUUUAAAAAUCGAAAUGAUUUUCUCCCACUUCGUGAGUGACGAUAGCAGCAGUGAAGAAGAACCAACGGUGGAUCUGGCAAAACAGCGCCGACUGCUUCGAAGUGUUUUCGACCCGUUACAGCUUUCUAACCAAGCAUUUAAGAAAAAUUUCCGUGUGUCGAAGGAAAUUUUUGUUGACAUUCUGGCGGAGAUCGAGCCCAAGUUCCCACCGGUUAAGGGAAAGGGGCUCAAGCCAAACGAAAUGUUGGCUGCUGCUCUGCGGUUUCUAGCUGAAGGCAGCUACCAAAAUGGAACAGGAAACGAUUAUAAAAUAGCUAUUGCUCAGCCUACUUUCUCGGGAACAAAUGGAUCUCUUUAG